CUAUUUGCGGUGGGAGACUGCCUUGCCCAGCAGGGUGUUGAACGGAAAGGACUUGCCAACUACGAUGUAGGCCGCACUGCGCGAAUGACUCUCUAUGGCGGAGCGGUAUUCGGACCGUUCGCGACCAAAUGGUUUCAGUUUCUGCAGAAUCGCAUUUGCCGAGACUCUCCGCUCAAGACACUGGCCGCUCGUGUAGCAGUUGACCAGCUCUUCUGCGCUCCUACGAUGAUUGGAGUGUUUCUGUCGAGUAUGUCUAUUCUAGAGGGAAGCGAUCCUCGCGAGAAGCUGCGACGGACGUAUUGGGAGGCGCUUCGCACCAAUUGGUGCAUUUGGCCUAUCCUGCAGGGAGUGAAUCUCUAUCUGGUGCCUCUUCAUUAUCGGGUCCUUGCCGUCAAUGUCUUCAAUAUAGGGUGGAAUUGCUUUCUGAGCCUUAUAAACAAUGCCGAGUAUGACGAAGAGGCACCGGUCGCGUGA